CGUAUACACUUACUUGCAUUAUAAAACCUGCAUCGUCACAAUUUAUUGGCAGCUAACUCUCACCAACGCAUCGUUCAAUGCGCUUCCCCUCUCUCGUGUCCGUGGCCUCUGCCAUCGCCCUUGCCUCUUUGGCAUCAGCUGACGUUGCCGAGUCCUCCGAUGUGCUCGUCCUUACAAAGGACACCUUUACUUCUGCUGUCAACUCAGAACCUUUGAUUUUAGUCGAGUUCUAUGCUCCAUGGUGUGGCCACUGCAAAGCUCUAGCUCCCCACUACGAGGAGGCAGCCACCACACUCAAAGGGAAGGACAUCAAGCUUGCCAAAGUCGACUGUGUCGACCAGGCAGACCUUUGCCAGUCCCAUGGUGUCCAGGGUUACCCCACCCUCAAAGUCUUCCGCAACGGUGAACCCACCGAAUACUCCGGUCCGCGAAAGGCAGAUGGUAUCAUCAGCUACAUGCUCAAACAAAACCUCCCUGCCGUUUCUGACGUCACCGCCUCUAGCCUCACUGAAUUCCAAAACGCCGAUAAGCUCGUUGUCCUCGCCUACGUCUCCUCCACCACAAAGGCCCCCGCACCUGAAUUCAGUGCAACAGCGGAAAAGCUCCGCGACGAGUACCUCUUUGGUAUCACCUCUGACGCUGCAGCUAUCGCAGCCGCAGGCGUCACUCCUCCCGCUAUCGUCGUCUACCGCAACUUUGAUGAACAUAUCACCGAGUACCCGCACCCGCCAUCUGCAGUUAUUACCGCUGAACUCGAAGCAUGGAUUCAGCAGCUGUCCAUCCCUAUCCUUGGUGAGGUGAACGGAGAAACGUAUGCCAUGUACGCCGGCAGCGGUAAACCCAUCGCAUACUUGUUUUUGGACCCUACAGACGAAAAGAAAGACGAGACGCUCGCUGUUCUCAAGCCUGUUGCUGCCAAGUACCGCGGCAAGAUCCACUUUGUUUGGAUAGAUGCGACCAAGUUUGGCGACCAUGCAAAGGCUUUGAACCUUGCUGAACCCAAAUGGCCGAGUUUCGUUAUUCAGAACCUGGAGGAUCAACUCAAGUACCCUUAUGACCAGAGCAAGCCUAUAGAGGCUGAGGCUGUGUCUGCUAUGGUCGGCGAGUACCUCGCUGGGAAGCUUCUUCCUAAGCUCAAGAGCCAGCCCAUUCCUGAGAGUCAGAAUGAGAGCGUGUUCACGCUCGUUAGUGAACAGUUCGAUGAGGUUAUGUAUGAUGAUUCCAAGGAUGUGUUUGUUGAAUUUUAUGCUACAUGGUGCGGUCACUGCAAGCGCUUGAAGCCCAUCUGGGAUUCCCUCGGUGAUCACUUUGCUGACGUGAAAGAUCAGUUGGUCAUUGCAAAGAUGGAGUCCCAAGAAAACGAUCUCCCAGCUUCAGCCCCAUUCCGUAUCAGCGGAUUCCCCACCCUCAAAUUCAAGCCUGCAGGAUCGCAGGAGUUCCUUGAAUAUAGCGGGGAUCGGGAAUUGGAAUCUCUCAUUGCGUACGUGCAGGAGCAUGCCAAGAACAGCUUGAAGCCUUCUGUCAAGGCUCCUGAAAACGAGUCGCAGGCCACGUUUGAGGCACCGCGGGAGGCUCACGAUGAACUGUAAUUUGUGCGCAGCAGUCUUACCUCUAUUGUUAUCUUAUCUCUUGCAUGCAUUCAAUAUUCGUGGGGA